AUGGAAGGGGAGAGGCGAGGCGAGGGGGGUGAUAACACGCAGCAGCAGCAGCAGCAGCAGCAGCAGCAGCAGCAGCAGCAGCAGCAGCAGCAGGGGGGAGAAAAGGCGCAGGUGCAAGCCGGGGAGGGAGGAGGGCGCGGGGAAGUAGCAGAGUGGGUGGUGGCGGCGGUGGUGGAGAGUGUGGGGGUGGCGUGGGGAAGAGCACGACAGGUGGCGCGAGUUUGCAGGGGGGUGCGAGCCAGGAGCGUGUGGAAGAAGCUUUCGCUUCUCAGCAGCCUUUUGAAUGCUGCCCCUGUAAAGACCACCCAAGCUAGCAGUCUUAGCGAAAGUUCCCCUUCUGCAACCCACAGCAAUCCCACCAGCGGCACUCCCACCAGCAACACUCCCACCAGCAACCGCAACCUUGUAACUAGCACCAGUAGCACCAACCCGGUAAUUAGCACCAGCAGCACCACCCCUGCCACUGCCACAACAGCCAGCAACGGCAGGAGUGGCAGAAGUGGUAGGAGCGAGGGGCGAGGGGAUUCCCUGUGGGAGGCUGCUGGUGCUGGUAGUGCUGGUGGGGGUGACGAAAGAAGGGAAGCGGAAGGAGGGGAGGAGGAGAGAGUCGCUCCUGUUGGGCCGUUGAUUCAGCGGGCGAUCGGACGGCUGGCAGUGAUUGCGAGGGAUGACGAUGUGCUGCUGCAGCAGUCACUGGGCUUCUUUCAAAAGCUGGCAGCGCAGCGACGUGGCGUCAUGUUAUUGGACGACCCGAGCACUGCAUUGCCGGCGCUCGUUGCCGGAUUCCCGGAUUUCCUGGCACUGGCGGUGCGGGAUCUGCCUCUCAUCAUCAAUCGCUUCCCCCCAUCGCCCUCUACUUCUCCCCACUUUGCCUCUUCGCCCAUACGCGUGCUCUCCACUCUGGGAGUGCGAGUGCGGGAUCUGCCUCUCAUCAUCAACCGCUUCCCUCCGGUGCUCUCCCCGUCGGUCUUCCUCAACGCAUCAGUGGUCGCCGAUGCCAUCACCAAUACUCUCAAGGUGCCUAUCAGCAAGGUGAACCCAAUGCUCACGCGCUGCCCCGAGCUGCUCUCGCUCUCUCCAGCCAACAGCAUCGCGCCAGCUGGCGCAUUCCUACAGGCCGUAAGGCUGACGCGCGGGGAGAUGGUGCGCGUGCUCACUGCCAGCCCGUCACUGCUGUGCCGGCCCAGGCACCAACUGGGGGAGUCCCUAGACUGGCUGCAAGAGAACCUCUCCAUUCCGUCCCACGAGCUGGCUCACCUCGUGUUACGCUGCCCCAGCUUGCUCUGCCUCUCACCUGCGGUGCUGCAAGGCAAGGCGGCGUUCCUCACGGGGGAGGUGGGCGUGGCGGCAGCAGAGGAGGUGGCGCGUGUGGUGUGCCGCUUCCCUGAGGUGCUCACCAUGAGUGUCACAAGCAUGAGAAACAGGAUCUCCUACCUUUACUCCCGAGGCUUCUCCCGUGCUGACGUGGCAGCCAUGGUGGUUCGGUACCCACCGCUCCUGGGCUACAGCGUUGCGGCGGUGCUUCGGCCGAAGCUGGACUUCUGGCUUGAGGAGGAGGAAAAUCGCGGCCCGCCACGUGGCAACACCAGCAGCAGCAGCAGCAGCAGCAGCAGCACCGCCACCACUGCCAGGCAGAGAAGCAGGGAGCAGAAUCUGAGGCAAAGGGAGCUGGUGUAUCUGCUGAGCUGUCCUGAGGAGAAAUUUGCCGCCCAGGUGCUCGGACUCAACUUCAUGCUUGUCCCCCUGCGCGCGCCUCCUCAGUCCCCUGCUGCCACUGCGGGUAAUGGCCGUGGUGGUGGUGGUGGUGAUGGUGGUGGUGGUGGCAGUGGUGGUGGCAGUGGUGGUGGCAGUGGUGGUGGUGCUGCUGCUGCCUUGCCAGGUCCAACUAGUGCUGAUCCAGCUGCAAGGCGUGUUCAAGGAACCGGAGCCCACCGUCCAGAUUCACGUCUGAGGUUUCUUGCAGAAGCAGAUGUUCUGGGAAGGGAAGCAUCCUCUGGUAGAGCUUCCCUUGCCUCUGCUGCUGCCAGGUCAGCAGAACCCACUGCCAGGUCACGUGCGACUGGUGCCAGGUCAGCAGCCACUUGGGUAUCAAGGAGAGGAGCAGAUGCCAUAUACCCACCAGUAUCACCAGGAGAGGAGCAGAUGUCUGAGGAAGGGCAAAACGUUUCGGCUAGAAGAGCUGAAUAUUCACCUGAUGCCAGCCGUGGUUCACCGGAUGGUAAGGUGGUAUCGUCUGUUCCUACGACUAGAAAAAUGCCUGAAGCAGCGUCUCGGAACAUGGGACUGGAUGGUAGGUCGGAGGGAAUUUUGGAUAGGAAGGGAAGGAGGGACGGAAAUGGGGGUAAGGGAGAUACAUUAGGGUCGAAAGGGGAAGAUGAGUGGAAGAAUCUUGAGAAGCUCAUAGCAAAAGAGGACCAUGAAGAGUUUGGGAUUAGGGGAGGCAGGAAAGGGAGAAAGGGGAAGAGAAGGUAA